CAGACAGGGAGAGAGACAGGUCCCGACGUCACAGCCCGGGGCUGGGGCUCGGUGAGGGGCUGGGGCUGAACAGACUGCUACCCAGACUCAUUGCAGUGGAAGGAACCGGAGAGGCGGGCGGAGGCAUGGAAGUCCAUGCACGGGUCUGUCUCCUUUCACAGUAACGUUAUCAAAGCGCACGGAUAUUGACCGAACUGUUCGUGUUUAUGCAAUGAAGCGCAGUUGGAUUCUUGUGUAAGCACAACGCACAGAGGAGGAGGCCUUUUAUCGGACUGAUGGCUCCAGAGUGACAUGCCAUGGCUUUAAUGAUCCCCCCGGUGAAACUCAAAUGGCUAGAGCACCUAAACAGCUCAUGGAUCACCGAGGACAGUGAGUCAAUAGCCACACGGGAGGGAGUCUCAGUGCUCUACUCAAAACUGCUGGCCAACAAAGAGGCUGUGCUGCUGCCCCAGCAGGUGCUGUGUCUGAAGGGCCCCCAGCUUCCAGACUUUGAGCGGGAGUCCCUCUCCAGCGAUGAGCAGGAGCACUACCUGGAUGCUCUGCUCAGCAGCCAGUUGGCCUUGGCCAAGAUGGUCUGCUCUGACUCACCAUUUGCUGCUGCACUGCGCAAACGUGUGCUGGUGCUCCAGCGCAUCUUCUACGCACUUUCCAACAAGUACCAUGACAAGGGAAAGGUCAAGCAGCAGCAGCACUCUCCAGAGAACAACUCGGGAUCAGCUGAUCUGCACUCUGUCAGUGAGCGACCACGCUCCAGCACUGAUGCUCUCAUUGAGAUGGGUGUUCGCACAGGCCUCAGCCUUCUUUUUGCUCUGCUGCGCCAGAGCUGGAUGAUGCCUCCUCCGCCCAGUCCUGGUGGAGGUCCUGGGGGCAAUAUAAACUUGUGUAAUGAUGUCAUUCACACAGCCAUUGAUGUAGUUAGCUCCCUGCCACCCCUCUCUCUGGCCAACGAGAGCAAGAUCCCACCAAUGGGCCUGGACUGCCUGGCCCAAGUCACCACUUUUCUGAAGGGAGUGACCAUGCCAAACUCGGGGGCGGAUAUACUGGGGCGACGCCUUGCCUCUGAGCUGCUGCUAGGGCUAGCCUCCCAGAGGGGUUCCCUGCGCUACUUGCUGGAGUGGAUUGAGAUGGCUUUGGCUGCAUCAGCUGUGGUCAGUACUAUGGAGCAGAAUAAGGUGCUACAGAACCAAGAGGGCCUCAUCGGCUAUGAUUGUUUCAUGAACAUCCUCAUGCAGAUGAGACGCUCUUUGGGCUCCUCAGCAGAUCGCAGCCAAUGGCGAGAACCCACACGGACCUCUGACGGCCUGUGCUCGCUGUAUGAGGCAUCACUCUGUCUUUUUGAAGAAGUAUGUCGAAUGGCAUCAGACUACUCUCGCACCUGUGUCAGUCCAGACAGCAUACAGACUGGUGAGGCACCCGUAGUGUCCGAGACCUGUGAGGUGUACGUGUGGGGCAGUAACAGCAGCCAUCAGCUAGUGGAGGGUACGCAGGAGAAGAUCUUACAGCCCAAGUUGGCCGCCAGCUUUGCAGAUGCACAAACAAUUGAGGCAGGCCAGUACUGCACUUUUGUGAUAUCUUCUGAUGGCUCUGUUCGGGCCUGCGGGAAGGGGAGCUAUGGCCGCUUGGGCCUCGGGGACUCUAACAACCAGUCAACACUCAAGAAGCUGACCUUUGAACCCCACCGUGCCAUCAAGAAGGUGUCGUCGUCCAAGGGCUCGGAUGGCCACACGCUGGCCUUCACUACGGAGGGUGAGGUGUUCAGCUGGGGUGAUGGUGAUUAUGGCAAACUGGGUCACGGGAACAGCUCAACACAGAAAUACCCUAAACUUAUCCAAGGGCCACUGCAGGGGAAGGUGGUGGUAUGUGUGUCUGCUGGCUACAGACAUAGUGCUGCAGUCAGCGAGGAUGGGGAGCUGUACACAUGGGGUGAAGGAGAUUUUGGAAGAUUAGGUCAUGGUGACAGCAACAGCCGAAACAUUCCUACCCUAGUAAAGGACAUCAGCAACGUGGGAGAGGUGUCAUGUGGUAGCUCUCAUACUAUUGCACUGUCAAAGGAUGGGCGGACUGUGUGGUCCUUUGGAGGAGGAGACAAUGGAAAACUAGGUCAUGGUGAUACUAAUCGAGUCUACAAGCCGAAAGUAGUGGAGACCCUGCAAGGGAUGUUCAUCAGAAAAGUGUGCGCAGGAAGCCAGUCGUCUCUUGCCUUAACAUCUACUGGACAGGUGUAUGCUUGGGGCUGUGGCGCCUGCCUGGGGUGCGGUUCCUCUGAGGCCACAGCACUCAGACCCAAACUAAUCGAGGAGCUGGCUACCACACGUGUGGUGGAUAUCUCCAUAGGAGACAGUCACUGCUUGGCCCUGUCACAUGACAAUGAAGUGUAUGCAUGGGGCAACAAUUCCAUGGGUCAGUGUGGCCAGGGGAACUCUACAGGGCCGAUCACCAAGCCCAAGAAGGUCGUCGGCCUGGAUGGAGUUGCUAUUCAGCAGAUCUCAGCCGGCACGUCUCACAGCCUGGCCUGGACUGCCCUGCCCAGAGACAGGCAAGUGGUGGCUUGGCACAGACCAUACUGUGUCGACCUCGAAGAAAGCACCUUUUCCCACUUGCGCUCCUUCCUUGAGCGUUACUGUGAUGGCAUCAACAGUGAAAUUCCUCCUCUUCCCUUCCCCUCAUCCAGGGAGCAUCAUAACUUCCUGAAGCUGUGCCUUCGGCUUUUGUCCAAUCAUCUGGCUCUGGCUCUUGCUGGGGGCGUGGCCACCAGUAUCUUAGGUCGACAGGCCAGACCCCUGAGGAACCUGCUCUUCAGACUGAUGGACUCUUCUGUGCCUGAUGAGAUUCAGGAGGCGGUGAUUGAGACUCUGUCUGUGGGGGCGACCAUGCUGCUGCCUCCACUGAGAGAGAGGAUGGAGCUUCUUCACUCCCUGCUGCCUCAGGGCCCUGACAGAUGGGAGAGUCUCUCUAAAGGACAGAGGAUGCAGCUCGACAUUAUCCUGACCAGUCUCCAAGACCACACCCAUGUGGCCUCGCUCUUGGGUUACAGCUCUCCUGCUGAUGGCCCUGAGGUACUGUCUUCUGGCCCGGGCUUUACAGCUUCCCCGGACGGCACUUACAGCACUACAGCGGGCCAUCCUGACACCCACCUGGCUGAGAUCCUCAUGAAGACGCUGCUCAGGAACCUGGGCUUUUAUACUGAUCAGGCAUUUGGGGAGCUGGAGAAGAACAGUGAUAAAUUGCAGCAGGGCACGUCUUCCUCUGACAGCAGCCAGCCAGCUCACCUUCACCAACUCCUCUGCUCCCUGCAGAAGCAACUGUUAGCAUACUGUCACAUUAACUCUGUCACUGAGAGCUCCAGCAGUGUUGCUUUACUCCACAAGCAUCUGCAGCUUCUGCUGCCGCACGCCACAGAUAUCUUCUCCCGCUCGGCCACGUUGAUAAAAGAGAGUUCCUGGAAUGGCAGCAUACAAGAAAAACUACAAGAUGUGAUCUACGUCUCAGCAGCAGGCAGCAUGCUUUGCCAGAUAAUCAACUCUUUGCUGCUGCUCCCAGUGUCGGUAGCAAGGCCUCUUCUGAGCCACCUGUUAGACCUGCUUCCUCCUCUGGACCGGCUCAACAGACUGCUGCCUGCUGCCUCCCCUCUGGAGGACCAGGAGCUGCAGUGGCCUCUUCAUGGUACGUCUGACUUUGCUGAGCCAGCCUCAGGAAUGUCACUGCCUCAGCCAGCCCUGUCCUGGGUGUGGCUUGUGGACCUGGAGAGGACGGUUGCCUUGCUGGUCGGCCGAUGCCUCGGUGGGAUGCUGCAGGGAGCUCCUACCUCACUGGAGGAACAGGAUACUGCUUAUUGGCUCAAAACACCUCUCUUCAGCAACGGCCUGGAGAUGGACAUCCCACAGCUCGACACCUGCAUCAGCUCUUUGUUGGAGGCAGCUCUGUCUGGUAAUGAAGAGCAGAAGCCCUUUGACUGCACACUGCGUCCUGACUUAAGUGUCUUGGUGGAUUUGGCCCUGGGUUCCUCUAAAGAACCUGCCAACAGCCUGUGGAUCAACAUGCAGGACUAUGCCAUCAGCAAAGACUGGGACAAUGCUUCUCUCAGUAAUGAGUCCCUGUUAGACACUGUGUCCAGGUUUGUGUUGGCAGCCUUAUUAAAGCACACAGGGCUGAUUGGCCAAGCCUGUGGAGAGGGCAGGUACCAACCAUCGAAGUCCCUUGCAGAGGUCUAUCGCAGUGUUUACAAGGUACGAAACCGUCUGCUGGCCUGCAAGAAUAUGGAUUUCAUCCAGACCCGAUCAUCAUCACGUGAGAGGAGAAUUUCAGACAAUCAGGACUCUCUUGACAUGGACCCUCAGGAGCACUCAUUCACACGUACCAUUGAUGAGGAGGCAGAGCUGGAAGAGAGGGCCGACCGUGAGAGAGAAGAGGGCCAUCAGGAGCAAGAUGAUGAAGAGGAGGACAGGGAACAUGAAGUAAUGACAGCUGGAAAAAUCUUUCAAUGUUUCCUCUCAGCACGGGAGGUAGCUCGCAGUCGGGACAGAGAACGGGCCAGCAGCAGCACAGGCCUGGGCUCCAGCUCUGUUUCCAGGAGUGGAGGAGGAGGAGGUGGAGGUGGUGGAGAGGAAGACGCCAUUCUGUCUCAGGAGGGGAGGAGGGGCAGUACUGGUCUCACAGGGCCAGGACCUGUACACAGCAGCCUGUAACUCAGUUAUCCACCGCUGUGCUCUGCUGGUGCUGGGGGUGAGCCCUGUGUUGGGUGAGCUGACCAAACAGAACCAGGAGGAGGGUCAGAUCCAGUCAGCUACAGGAACACAGGAGUGCCUGAGCUUCAUG